UCCUUCUCUUGUCCAUAGCACCAUCAUUCUCUGGGUUUUUAAGCCAGAAACGUGCAGCUGCCUUCACCCCCGGGAGGGAUGGUCACUGGUCUGUAUCUGGAGUCUGCCUUCAAAAUGUCUGAAUUUCAGCUCUUCCUUCCCCCUUAACUCCCAAAGUCCCAUCUGUCCCCAAGCUCAGUGAAACUUCCAAUGCACUGUCACACUCAUCUCCACUGCUGUUCCUCUGUGAAGUCUUCUCACCCUGGCUGUGUGCUUGCUUUUUGUUUUGUGUACAUAUUUUCGUGCAGUUUUGAUCCUGCUGUCUUUGCACACUGUAUUGCACAACGCUCUGUCUUCUUCAGGAGACUGGAAGCUCCUGAAAAUAGGGACCAGUCUUAUUCAGCCUGCACCCUUAGCACCCAGCGAAGAGCCUCAGGUCAGGUAGGUAUUGUCAGUGGGCAUUUGGGUUGCCGUUUUCCAGUCCUAUCACACGUCUGAGUAACUGUUCACGGGAGUAGCCUCCCCCCAGGCCUCCCAGGCUCUGUUCUCAAUGGGCUCCAUCCUCACGCUGAGGUUCUUAAAGCAUUCCACUCCCCUUUGUGGCUCAAACCGCAUGAAGACUGCCUUGGACUAUCACAUUGUUUACAUGCAUCUGCUUGGUUUUCAAAGCUCCCACCAAUCUGGCCCUUUUUUUCGAGUAGCCACACCUUGAUUUCCCCUGAAACACAUUCCCCUGCAAAAAGAAGUGUAGUCUUGCAAAUGUAUCCAUCUCUCCUAGCUCUUGCUUCCUACUUAAACUGGAAUGUUCUCCUUUUCUCCUCUACUGUUGAAAUCCUACCUGUCUUAUUCAGGAAUCCUCUCACUGCCAGAGACUUCACUGGUUUUUUUUGGACUCUAAUUUCAGCAUUGUGCAGCACAAAACUCAGCCUUUAGGCAGGAGAGGGGUCAUCAGGUGAGAAGCUCCAGAGUGUAAGAGAAAAUCUGGUCCAGUUUGGUGUCAUGGAUAAAGGCUCACAUAACUGAAGCAUUUCGCAGUAGGGCAGCCUUCACAGGGCUGAACACUGUCACCGAGAACCUGUGUGCUUUAGGUCUGUCCUCUGAGUCCUCCUCUGGGAGUAGUUUCAGUGUCCCAGAAGCUCCCAGAGGCACACACCUCCUUAUUGUGGACAGGAGGAAAGAGAGAGUCUGGAGCCCAGGAGUCCCAGCAGAAGUCCGGAGUUCCUCGGGUACGUGUCCCAACUGACCCCUGCAGCCAGGGGGACUCGAGGUGGUAUGUUCCACUUGUGGGGCUGGGGUACCGUCAGCCCCUCCUGACCACGUGGGUCCUCAAAUAGAAAUAGGCACUGGUGGUACAGGGGAAUAGUAACACGGGAGAAUAGUAACACCUACAAAUGUCCUACAUACAGUGUUGCUGUUUUGCUUCCACUGAGCCCCCGGCCGGCACACAACCGGUGUGCAAUGACUAUCAGAUGCUUCAAAACCAGCUUCUCCUGUGGACAUUCAAAUGAGGUCAGAAACUAGACUUCUUUUCCUUGGGUCCCCACUGUCCACUCUACCACCACAAGUGGUCACCACACCUCUGCUUCUAGGCAGAGUCCUAUCUGUUACAAACAAACUUGCCCACAGCUUUGGUUAUUUUGUUUUAAACGAUCAACAAAUUCUGUGCUAGAGUCUCUAUUCCAGCCAGUGGCGACACAUACCCCUAGCCCCUGCUUGCUCAGGGUGGAGGCACAUCUGUAGUCCUGGGUCUAGGGCUCCCCUGGGAUCCAUGAGGGCUUCCCACCGUGACUGGGUCUUCUGGCAGUGAGGAAGCCUGAGCUUUUGGGAAUUGAAGCUACCAUGACCUUUCUCUCCAAUAACCCCCUCUUUACAAUUGGACAACAACCCCUGCCCCCUCACCCAGCCCAUGCCUCCCAAGGCCCCCUGUCACCCCUGCACAUGCUCAGUACACUCAGCCCACAGUGUUCCUUCUGGUUCCCAGCCAUGGCAACGUGCUUGGUAACCAGGAGUCAGUUGGGCUGAGGCUCUGAGCCCCAACUGUCAAAAGGGCUGAGGCCGAGGUGGAGGAGGCUGCGGCUGAGGGCGGUCUCUCCGAAGCCUAUGGAAUCCUCCGCAGAGCCUGGGAUGCCUUUGCCCAAAUACUGCAGUGUGGCCACAACCCUGGAGGUCCCCGCCUGGGCCGGCACUGCUCCUCCCUGGGACUUCGCCUUCACCUGCCCCUUUGGCCCCCAAGCACCCUGGCUCACCUGGCACAGCCCUCUCACCAGAUGUGUGUCUUAUCAACCAUACCUCCACGUGGCUGAGCCAGCAUGGCAGGGGCCUCGCUGGCUGGGAAGAGCUGGAGAUGCUGCCGGCACAUGGGUCCUGGCGAGAAGGGAACCAGAUGGCUUUUAUUACCGGGCUCAGAUAAAGACCGCUCCGGAGCUGGAGAGGCAGGGGGCCCUGCUCGUGGAAUUUGAGGCUCCACUUGUCACAGGCCCAGAGCUGCCAGCCCAGCGGCAGAGCGUGGUCUUAGAAGAAGAUGUCGUUAGGUUCUCGCCAUCCAUGGAAUGCUCACUGCAACCUGGGGACAAGGUGCUGUCCCCCUGGGAGCCAGACAGACAGCGGUACGGCCCCGCCACUGUCUUGGGCUUGGAGGCGAGAGAUCCCCAGAGAGCAUGGAAAGAAGAAAUUACUGUUCACUUCUGGAAUGGCAAGACAGCUACGGUGCCUCUAAGUGGGGUCAGGUGGGUGCCCCCUGCUGUCUGGAAGAAGGCUGUGGAGAAGCUACGCUGGCCUUCCACCAGGGAGCACCCCAGUGCCCUCCUCAGGGCCCCCUGCUGCUCUCUGCUGGGGCCGGGCACUGCAUGUGUCACCUACAGGCUUCCACUGGGCCCCCCGUUCCUAUGCCCACCCUGCCACCCCCACGCCUGCUGCCAGCUGCUGUGCCAGGGCUGCCUGGGCUGCCCUUUGGCCGGACCCACCUGGUGGCCUCUAACCAGGGCCUCAGGGGUCACCGCCAGAGAACAUCCAGAGGCAGAGCUGAAGCCCACAGCACAGCUCUUGCCCCUGGAGGCUCCUAAAGAGGAGAAAGGAGCAGUGCCAGCUCCCAUAGCUGUGUCCUCCUCCUCUGAAGAGGAUGUGGAGAAAGACCUGGAGAUGGGCCCCCGCCAGAGGCCGAUGGUGGACAGCACAGCCAACACAGACCCCGUCCCUGCUGAGAAGGCUCCGAGGAGGCCGGGUGGCCCCUGCCAGCCCGAGUGGAGGUACUGGAGGAGAAAUGGGCCUGAGCCGCAGCCUGGGAAGCCAGGUUUAGGAAAAAGAUGUUGCGACACCCAGAAGGAAGUGAAGGGCAACAAACAACAGCGAGAACAAACUGCAGUAGAGGGGAACGCCAAGGAGCUGGCCCUGGAAGCGACCGACACGGAGCCCCUGCAGCUCCCGCCAGAGAAAGCCGCAAGCAGAGCGCUGAGCCCGGGAGCUACUGAGGCGCGUCUGAGAUGCCAGAGCUCCUCAGACUAAACGCCCCAAGGACCCAGGAAGCUACAGACAGUAGAUGCCUGAAGAGGAGUUACCGAGUGGCUGGCAAAGCCUCCAGUGGAAGGAGGUAGCGUGCAGGCCACAGAGGCUAGCUGAGUAAGCAGCGGCGUCUUCGCCCCAUUGCGACUUCCCGCAGAGGGGCGGCAGGAAGGCACCUGUCGUGACAGGCACCGGUGUGCUGGCGGCCCUGGCCAGGGCUGCCUGCCCCGUGAGGGCAGCUUGAGGAUGCUGCUCCACACAAGUCACAGGUUGUGGUUGGCCUGCGUGGGGCAUCUGUGUCCACAGCCUCUCUGUCAUAUUUUCAUAAAGCCUACAGCUGUACAUGAAUGAUAUUUUGUUGCUCCUAAUGCCAAUAAAAAGGUAUUCUCUUUAUUU